AUGGAGAUGCCAGAUGGGACAACAGACAUCGUCCAUCCCGAAGUUCGGGCACACAUCAACAGCUUAGUCUCCGCUCUCGGUGGCAUCAGCGCAGAUGAUGACGGACGUUACAAUCUGGGAGACGACGCUCUCGAGGUUCUCCGCGACUUGAAGAAAUGGAUACGAUUCUACGAUGAGAAGACGAACCGCAUGGACGUCGCACGAUGCAUCGCGGAAGCCAACCUGAUCGAUGGCGACCUGCUCCCCAUCCUGGCGACAUGGCCUGAGAAUUCCACCGACAACAAGUUCCGAUCGAGGAUCGCACUCGCAUGCUUCGAGAUCAUGGUGCCACUGACGUGGCCCAUGGAGCGCGAUCCCGAGCAGACGACAGUCAACCACCACCGACACAUGCCCGCCCUGCAGCUUGCACAAGUCGGCUACAAACGAUCCAUCAUCAACUUUGACGGUGCGCGGAUCCUGCACGCCGCAGCCAGGGUUGCCCUCCCGGCCAUGGCCGCACCGAUUGGGGAGCGCACGCCGCGAGACCAGGGCAUCAUCAAGCUGGUGCUCUUCUUCUUGAGGAAUGUCGCCAUGAUCGAGCCCCAGCCAAACGUCAAGUACGAGGGCGAGGAGUCACAGAUCUCUCGCUCGGCUACGAUUGACGCCUUCUCAUACCAGGACAUCUUCAUGGUCCUCCUGACCAUCGCAUCCAACAUGGGCGAGGACUUCCGGACCGAGGACGUGACCAUCAUGGAGAUCAUCUACCAUCUCGUCAAGCGCGUUGACGUCAAAAAGCUGUUCAUGAGUGAGCAGCAGGUGAACAAGGCCAAGGCCGAUGAGCUGUCGGUCAUGAUGGGCAAGGAGAAUGCAAUGCUCAAGGCCCAGAACCGCAAGGGGCCCACACGCCACAACCGCUUCGGCACGGUCAUUUGGGUGAAACGCGCCGACGGCAAGAUGACUGCAGUCUCCGGACAGGAAGCUCUGGUGGAUGUGGCCUCGAGGCGGAAGAAGAUGGACGAGACGAAAAAGUUCAGGCCGCCCGCCAAGGCCAGGUCAAAGACGGACUCGCACAUGAAGGAUCUAGGCGAGCUGCCGAAACUGGAUGCUCGUGCCUACUCUCAGCUGAGAAGUUUUGUCGAGGAAUUCCUGGAUGCCGGCUUCAAUCCCUUGUUUGAGCAUGUCAGAAAGUCUAUCGACCGCGAGGCCUCACACGUGCUGUCAUACCACCGUAGGCAGUUUCUGUAUCUGGUGGCGUGGUUCUUGGAGGCGGAGCGAACCCGAAAGAGCUCGCAGCGCGCUUCUGCGCCGAAGAAUUCGGCAGAGGAAGUCAGCAGCUUCAACUUGGUCGCCGCCGUCCUCAACCAGUCCACCUUUAUCACUCUCAACAGGACCAUGACCCAGGCCUGGGAGCAUAAGGACUGGCCAGAAUUGACCGCCUCAAUGAGGUGUCUCACGCAGAUCCUGCUGACGGUGCAGGAGAUGUCCCACUCACCGAACGAGGACGACCAGGAGAUCGCCGAGAAUACACUGAGCCGUCUGUUCUACGAAGACGCCAUGCACGAUCUGAUAGCCAACGUCGUGAGACAGUACAAGGAGCAGGGGUUCGACUAUCUCGACGCCGCCACGGAGCUGACACAUCACUUCUUGCGCAUCUUGGAGGCAUACUCGAAGCAAAACGUGGACAUGCAAGUCCGGUCUCGGCGGAGGACGAGGCGCAAGAAGAAGGCGGCCAAAGAAGCGUCGGCCGAUGGCGAGGGCGACGAAGAUGAAGCCGACGACUCCGGGGACGACGAGAAGAACGCCGAGCUGACCAUCAAGGAGCGCAAGUUCGACUUUCGGCGGUUCAGUGCCCGCUUCACGCCACAAGGCGUCGUCGACACGUUUGUGGCAUUUACCAAGUUUUACAAAGAUCUCAGCGACGAGCAACUUAAGCGCGCCCACCGCUACUUCUACCGCGUGGCCUUCAAGCACGACGCGAGCGUCAUGCUGUUCCGCGUGGACAUUGUUCACCUCCUCCACGAGAUGGUUAAGGGCCCUGAACCUCUGGACAAGGCGUCGAGCAUGUACAAGGAGUGGGAGGAGCUGGCGAAGCAGAUCCUGCGCAAGUGCUUCAAGAAGAUCGACGAGCGGCCGGCUCUCCUCAUCGAGAUGCUCUUCUCCAAGAUCAGCAGCACGGCGCACUACCUCGAAUACGGCUUUGAGAAGCAGACAAUCUCAACGUCAAGGCCCCGACCUGCAGCUGAUCUCGAGUUCAAGUACACCGAGGACCGCGAGCAGCAGAUUGCCAUCGCCGUUGGUGUGCUUCUCGACAAGAGCCAGUCGGACCACAUUGCGUGGGUCAAGACGAUCCUCACCAACGCCGAGCAGGAGCGCCGCGCCCUCGCGGCAGCAGAAGACAUCCUCCCCUCCGUCGAGGCAACGGGCGACCACGACGAGCCGGUCGACAAGCCAGCAGACAGCUUCAUGCCGUACACUGCCCGUCCCGACAACGAUGCCCGCCAGGCCGCCAUGUUCAAGAACCCCCACCUCCGCCUCCUCAUGCGCCUCGCAGGCCUCGAGCGCCUCGCUCCCACUCUCGACGAGUCUCCCGACAGCCUCUGGGUCGUCCCCGCGUCGGCGACCCCGGACCAGCUGCGCGAGACGCUCGAUCUCAUCAACAAGGCCGAGUUCAGCCCGCCCGUCUUCGAAGAGGGCGUCCUCGCCGAGCACCAGCUGCGCCGCAAGACGGCCACGCGCAAAAAGGCGCAAAGAAGCGUGUGCGCAAGCGCCGCCGCCCGGGACCCCGCCGCCUCGGGCUCCGACGACGACGACGACGACGACGCGGCGCGGGCCCGGGCGCGCGCCCGCCGCGAGAGGGAGAGGGCCAAGCUGGAGAAGAUCAAGUCGCAGCUCUACGUCGCGGCGAGCGACGACGAGACGGACGACGAGCGCGACGCGGCGUUUUUUGCGCGCGAGGAGGCGCAGCGCACGAGGAUGGCCAGGGCCGCCGCCGCCGGGGUGGACGUGUCCGAGGUCGCUGUGCCGGCGGCGAGGAAGGAGCCGCAGUCGAUAGCGGUGGGUGAUGACGAUGAUGACGAUGUUCUGCUUGCCGAUAUCCACGGGGCGGGGACGGAUGAGGAGAAUGAAGACGGCAAUGGCGAAGAGGCGUCUGCGUCGUCGAGCCAAGAGGGCAGGAAGCGGAAAGGGUCUGGGGUCGUGGAUGCUGACGGUGACGUCGAAAUGGACGACGAGGAUGAAGAUGACCUGCCAGUGCCGAGCGCGAGGCCGCGGAAAAGGAUCAAGGGCGGGUUUGUCAUGGAAAGCAGCGAUGAAGAAUAG